AUGGAGCCCUCACAUUCUCAUUCUCCCUCCCAAGGAUCCCCAGGUAACAACGAAUUGUCCUUACUUAUAAAUUCACUAAAAGAAGAACAAAAAAGCUUUGAAGCUGAAGAGCGAUAUGUGGAAGCUCAAAUAACAGCCCGAAAAAUUGUGGAGUUAAAGCAAAAACUCCAGAGAGACCAAGUAGCAGAGCUAAAAGCUAACUCCCCCCCUCCGAGAGUGAACAAAAAAACUUUUUCAAUCACGGAGGGGGGUUAAUUUUUUUUCCUCGAAAUUUAAAAAAAUUAGAAAGCAAAUAUUAAUUUAAUUUAUAAAAUUUAUGUUUAAAAGCAAUUUAUUUAAAAUUAAAUAAAAUUAGCUCGAGAUUUCAUUAUACUAAUUAUCACUUAUACAUUAAAAUUUUUUUCCAUAAAAAAUUUUUCUAUUAAAAAAAUUUUUGUUCGCUCACAGAGGGUGGAUUUUUGGGCAAAAAAUAAGGGAUUUUUCGAAUGCUUUUUUUCGCUCACUGAGGGAGGAGUAAGCAGAAUGAAGAAAGAGAUAUGGUAGAUCAGGCUUAUCAAACAGAAGUUGCUGAGUUUAACAGCCACUGGAACAAAGUCAUUCAGGAUUAUCUUGAAAGAUGUAAAGAUCAAGAAGAAAAAACUCUUCAAAAGCAUCAAAUUCAGGCUAAAGAAGAAAGAGAAAGAUUGGAGUCAAUAACUCCAACUGCUUAUAAGCCAAGUGCACAAUUAUUAAAUAUGAUUAAAUGCAAAGAAAGGGCUGUGCAAACACAAAAAUACAUGGAAGCUAAUGGCUUACUCAAACAAAUCGAAGAGCUUAAGUCCUACGAACAAAUGAAGCAUCUAGAAAUAAGGCAGGUUAAGAUAGAGCAGCAAAUGAUUAUUUUAGAAAACAGGCUUCAGAAGGAAAUCGAAAACAUAAAAAAGAGGCAAAAAACAGGUCUUGAUGAACUCAGCAAGCAAAGGAACAUAGAAUUCGACUUGAUUGGGAAAAAAUACGAGAACAUACGAAGAGAGAUGGAAAAUAUACAGAAAAUCGAGACGAAUAAGAAAAAAGGCAAGCAUACCACAGCAGCAGGGAGAUAUGAAGGAAGCCCGAUAAAGCCUCAUAUUAGGUCUACAGUACCAACCCCAAUUAGAUCGUCUCUAAGUCCUGGGAAGCGUUCGAGUUAA